CCUGACGUUGGACUGUGCUUUUAGACCAGUCUUUUAUAUUUUCUUUUGCUUCCAACCCUUGACUUUCUAGGGUUUUUUUUUGCCAUCUUUUUUAUUUUGUUUGUCAUUCAUCAAACCCUAAUCAAACCCUACCGUUUGCAGUAGAAGAUCGAAGGAAAACAGCAGCAAGAUCUGAUCCAUCUUCCAUGUCGCAGACAUCAUCUCGGACCUAAAAAUUCGGACACGAGAAGAAAUCUCUAAAACCACAUCUAAGACGUCCAAAACCCCAGAUCAAAACCCCCCAAUCUAAGACGAUCUUUGAUGCAGACUCGAGACGGAAAGGACACCCUUUUCUAGUUGUAUCACAUCCGUUAAAAGGGGAAAUCAAGGGCCUCUAUCGGAUCCCUUGAAAGGGGUCCUGAUUCCAGAGCAGAUCUCACCUGGGUUUCUUUUAAAAUGUUCAAAUCGGCUUUCUAUCAUGGGAAUUCCCUCCUUGGGGAGGUUGAGAUAUACCCAAAGAACCCCAACAUCGACAUCCCGAACAAGGAAAUCCGGAUCUCACAUUUCAGCCCUCCAAGUGAGAGGUGCCCGCCUUUGGCGGUCCUCCACACCAUCGCCGCAGGCGGUGCUUGCUUCAAAAUGGAACAGUCGAAGCCGCCGCUGUCAGAGCAGUCCGAGGAAUCGUCGCCGUUCUUUAGUUUGCACACCGCUUGUCUCAGAGAAAACAAGACGGCGAUCAUGCAACUAGGAGAGGAGGAGCUGCAUUUGGUGGCCAUGUCUUCUAGGAAGAAUCUUGAACAAUAUGCAUGUUUUUGGGGUUUUAAUGUCAUGCCAGGGUUGUAUAAUUCUUGUCUUGUCAUGCUGAACUUGAGAUGCCUUGGCAUUGUGUUCGAUCUUGAUGAAACACUUAUAGUUGCCAACACGAUGCGCUCGUUUGAGGACCGAAUUGAUGCCCUACAGCGAAAAAUAAAUAGCGAGGUUGACCCACAACGCAUUUCCGGCAUGUUGGCUGAGGUCAAGCGGUAUCAGGAUGACAAAGUCAUCUUGAAGCAAUACGCAGAAAAUGACCAGGUUGUUGAAAAUGGGAAGGUGAUCAAAGUUCAAUCCGAGAUCGUCCCACCAUUAUCUGACAAUCAUCAACCAAUCAUUCGUCCUCUCAUAAGGUUACAAGAGAAGAAUAUCAUAUUGACCCGCAUAAAUCCUGUGAUUCGUGAUACCAGUGUCCUUGUAAGGCUAAGGCCUGCAUGGGAGGAUCUUCGUAGCUACUUAAUUGCAAGAGGCCGCAAGCGGUUUGAGGUGUAUGUUUGCACGAUGGCAGAAAGAGAUUAUGCUCUAGAAAUGUGGAGGCUUCUUGACCCAGAUUCAAAUUUGAUCAACCCAAAAGAAUUAUUGGAUCGCAUUGUCUGUGUCAAGGCUGGGUUAAAAAAAUCAUUGCUGAAUGUCUUUCAAGAUGGAAUCUGCCAUCCGAAGAUGGCAUUGGUGAUUGAUGAUCGUCUGAAAGUGUGGGAGGAUAAAGAUCAACCUCGAGUCCAUGUCGUUCCAGCAUUUGCCCCAUACUAUGCUCCUCAAGCAGAGGCAAAUAAUGCUGUCCCAGUUUUAUGCGUUGCAAGAAACGUUGCAUGCAAUGUUAGAGGUGGUUUUUUCAAAGAAUUUGAUGAUGUGCUUUUACAAUGGAUUUCUGAUGCAUUCUAUGAAGAUGAAAUGAUUGAUUUUCCUCCAGCUCCUGAUGUGAGCAAUUAUCUAGUCUCAGAGGAUGAUGCUUCUGCUUCAAAUGGAAACAAGGACCUGCUAUCUUUUGAGGGCAUGACUGAUGUUGAUGUUGAAAGGAGAUUGAAGGAUGCAAAUGUCCAAGCUCUUCAAGUUUCUUCUGCAGUCAAUAAUAUUGACCCAAGGCUUGCAUCUUCUAUCCAGCAUGUGCUGGCUUCUUCAUCGAGCAUGAUUCCACAGACUUCUCAAGGGUCGAUUUCUUUUCAGAAUAUACAAUACCCUCAGGCUAUUCCAACAGUCAAGCCGCUGGGCCUUGUUGGCCCUCCAGAACCUAGCUUGCAAAGUUCUCCUGCUAGAGAAGAGGGGGAGGUUCCUGAAUCUGAAUUAGAUCCUGACACAAGGAGAAGACUUCUCAUAUUACAACAUGGACAAGACACAAGAGAGCAAACCUCGAAUGAUCCUCCGUUUCCAGUCCGCCCCGCUCUACAAAUUUCAAUGCCACCAGUGCAAUCACAUGGAAGCUAUUUCACAAUGGAAGAAGAGAUGAGUCCGAGAAAAAUGAACAGAGCCAGGGAAUUUCCUAUAGAGCCAGAAGCUUUGCAUUUUGAUAAGAAUCGAUCUCCUCAUCCAUCUUUCUAUCAUGGUCUGGAGAAUUCUCUUCCUCCUACUAGAUCUCUUCAUGAAAAUCAAAGAUUUCCGAAAGAGUUACGUCAUGGAGACGACCGAUUCAGACCAAAUCAUCCUCUUCCAAAUUAUCAUUCCUCAGGUGAUGAGAUGCCUUUGGGUCGGACAUCUUCUGGCAACAGAAAUCUUCAUUUUGAAUCUGGACGAGUUACAGCACAGUACCCCGAAACGCCUGCUGGAGUUCUACAAGAAAUAGCAAUGAAGUGUGGAACAAAGGUUAUUGGGUGGUUUUGUUGUAACAUCGAAGUUGUGGAAUUCAGGCCAGCUUUAGCUGCUACCACAGAGUUACAGUUUUCAAUUGAGGUUUGGUUUGUUGGAGAAAAAAUAGGUGAGGGGAUUGGUAAAACAAGGAAGGAAGCCCAACGUCAAGCUGCUGAGGGCUCCCUUAGGACUUUGGCCAAUAAAUAUAUAUCAAGAGUUUCGCCUGAUCUGAAUGCUGUGCAUGGGGAUUCAAAUAAGCUUUCCCAUAAAAACGACAAUGGUUUUUUACGUGAUGCGAAUUCCUUCGGGUAUCCAGCAUUCCCCAGGGAGGAUCCCUUGCCAAUCGCAAGUACAUCAGACCAGUCCAGGUUUCUGGACCAGAGGCAGGAGGGUUCUCUGAAAGGAAUGGCUCCUGUUUCAUCCCUCAAAGAAUUAUGCAUGGUGGAGGGUCUUAGUCUAGUUUUUCAUGCUCAGCCUCCACUUUCAACGUUGUCCAGCCACAAGGGAGAAGUGUAUGCAGAGGUUGAAAUUGCAGGCCAGAUUUUAGGCAAAGGAAUUGGGUUGACAUGGGAAGAAGCCAAGCUGCAGGCUGCUGAAGAGGCCCUUGGGGGUCUAAAAUUCAUGCUGAGUCAAGGUUCUCAGGAACGCUUGGGUUCUCCAAGGUCAUCGCAUGGAAUUCCUAAUAAACGGCUGAAGACUGAAUACCCACGAACAUUGCAGCGAGUGCUGUCCUCCACAAGAUAUUCCAAGAAUGGUCCUCCCGUUCCUUGACAACAACCAACACCUGCCCGCUAUAUUUUUUGUUGUGUGUGCUGAGACAUCUGUACCGUAGUACAUGAAAGGCCUUCAAGCUCCUGAAGAAGAUGGGCCCACAGCUACCUUUUUUUCACAAGACUACACGGGUAAGGUAGAGGAUGUCGCCAUUAUGAGAAAAUGUUCUCCCAGUUCAACUGCAAAAGAAGCUGCUCCUGGAUGUCUCUCACUUGGGUGACGAUCCAUAGUGGAUGGAGAGAUUGCCUGUGUAGGUUCUUGGAUGCCUUUUGAGUUUCUCUGGGCAGCGCACGUCGUUGUACGUAUGCGUGCUUCAGGACCACGAUAACUGCAAUUCUAAGUUGUAUCUUUCUGGGGAUCAUUACACAUUAUGCAAGUGGAGGAUGUAGGCAAAUGGUUGAAAUAUUGCUAUUUUCUCGAUGUUGGUGGAUUCUCAGAAUCUUGAUGUGGUGACAUUCGGUACGGCCAACAAUCUCAAACAGUUCCUUGGGAGAUGAGCCCUCCGGCUGUUUCCUGUACCACAUGCUUCAAGAAGUCCAACUUGGCUUAGAGACAUGUCCUGGGUACUUUCUCUGGAUGUUAUUGCAUCGGUUGCCCCAGGCCUCUUCCACAGGAUUGCAGCCAAUGAUCUCACAUUGUUUUCUUACCCCACACGCUUCAAGAGGUCUGGCCUGGUGUAGAUUCUUAAAUCCCGGCACCUUCACUCAAUGUUUAUCUCAUCUGGAAGAAUGAAGAGCGGUGUGAUUGAUCAGAUGAAGGGGGUUGUUGCUCAAAAGCAUAUACUGAUAACCGUUGGAUGUAUCUUAUCAUCUAACUGUAAGCCUUCAGGGUUCUCUC